AACAGACACACCGCGCUGAAGGUUGGACUGCUGUGCUUAUUAGUCAUCAUUCUAACAAGUCGACAAAGCACGUGUCUCGUCCAUAUCGUCAUUCAUCAUUCUUCAAAAACUCUCCUCGUCGGCACUGCAGGUCACCGACAGCUAUCUUUGUUCCACUGCAUAAGGAUUACUAUCUGCGAGCACUUGUCGACAAGUGCUUGUCUUCAUUCCAAUAGGUCAAAGCUGACCCCUUGUCGGGCACAGAAUCAGCUACAAUCGUGACCUGGACUGAAUAUGACAUUCGGUGCAUCAGAUGAGAGUCUUCCACAUAUCCCUCUACGUCCUUUCCGAAACCAAGUCGGUGGCCACAAUGCGAUCUAUAGAUUUACCAAACGUGCCGUGUGCAAGCCUCUGGUUUCGAGAGAGAAUCAGUUUUAUGAAGCUGUUGAGCGAGAAGCACCUCCUUUACUCGGAUUCAUUCCACGUUAUCUUGGCGUGAUGCUUGUCACUUACCGACGCGUAUCCAAAGGCUCGUUACCAGCCACCAAUUCGAAUGUACCCGAUACGCAUACUCCUCAUCACCAUUCUGCCUAUCCACCGUCUCCUGACUAUCACAGACCUAAUUCCUACCUUUCUUGUCCCACUCAGGGGUUGACAUCUCAGUUUCUGGAAGACGAUGAUAUGUCAAGUCAUGAAACAUCCGAUGAAAUGCCCGAAGUGGUGCUUGACCGUAAUCGUCACAUUAUUCCUGAAUGGGUUCUCCAUCUUGACGGGCCGAAACAUGAUCGUCUACGCGGUGUGAUUGCAUCAACACCUAACCUUGUGCGACCAGAGCCUUCAUCAGUGAAGUGCAGCCCUUUCUUGCGUCAGGCUACCAUACCUUCCCAGGAGGGGGAACCGCCAACCCCUUCCAACUCACCCGAAUGCUGUUCAGGCGUCCUUCCAACGCCAUUUUCAGAGUCCCAUUCAGCUCAUCCUACGUUAGUACAGGAGGGGAUUCACCCACCAUCCUUGCAUCGUUUCCAUUCCGAACCGGGAAUCGGGCCGCAACAGGGAACUCCUACUUGGUUCGGGGGAACAGGGUUAACGAUGGUUAACACAAAGCUCAAAGAUCACGUCUUUAACACCAUUCUCCGUAGGUUUCAGCGUCGGAAUCGCGCCAAGUGGUCCACGAAGACAGACGACGAGGGCGAGAUGGCUGAUCAUGAGGGUCGUCCGAUUUCCUCUGCCCGACGUACUCGCUCACAUCGUCGAAGGCACCCUGUGGGACAAGCAGAGAGGCUGAAAGAAGAGGAAGGAAAUCUCCAGUUCCCCUUUCUUCCGCGUGUUCAGAGUGAGUCUGCUAUAGACUCGAUAUAUGCACAGGACAGUGCCAGCGAUAAGGAUUCCCUUACGCUUGAAGAUCAGCACCAACUCGACCUCCCUCCCUGCCUCAAAAGACAUCGAAGUCGAUCACGAUCUCUCGGGUUUUCUACCCCUGUAACACCUGUUUCCAGUAAACCUCCGUCCACAUUCAACUUUGAUAACUCGAUCACGCGUCAAAACCAUUUCAUUUGUAUGGAAGAUCUGACCGGUCGCUUAAAACGCUCGUGCGUUCUUGACUUGAAGAUGGGGACACGACAGUAUGGCAUGGACGCGACGCUCGCCAAAAAGAAGAGUCAACGAAAGAAAUGUGACCGCACGACGAGUAGGCCCCUAGGCGUCCGGAUCUGUGGCAUGCAGGUGUGGAACAACGCCACGCAAUCAUACGUAACCCAAGACAAGUACAGGGGCCGAGAUAUAAAAGCCGAAGAAUUUGAGUCAGUGUUGGCGUCUUUCCUGCAAGAUGGCGAACGUCUCCUCGUCUGGCAGAUUCCUAUUCUUCUCCAGAAGCUUUAUGCUCUCGCUCGGAUCAUCAAUCGUCUGAAGGGCUUCAGGUUCUACGGCUGCAGUCUCCUCCUUAUCUACGACGGAGAUCGUGAGGCGCAAGAAGCGUUCAGGACAUGCGCUCUUGAGCACCCUUCAUCCCGUAGUAAGCGUGGAGAGUCAUUGGAGCGGUCCAGUACGCGGUCCAGCGCCAGUGACGAGCGGCCCUUAUUACGCCGUAGUCAUAGCGAAGAUCUGCUUGUUGGACCAGUUGGCAAGCGUUCCAGCGGGAAGCGAAAGCGUGGUGAAGUUAACGUCCGCAUCGUUGAUUUCGCUCAUACAACCACUGGGCGUGAUUGGCUUCCUUAUCCUCCACCCACAGAUCGCAAUAUCAUCCAUCAGGUGUCAAGCUCUAAGGGUUAUCAAGCUGAAGUGGAUGUGGAAACGGGGCUGAUAUAUGCUCGGUUCCCCCCUCACUUUCCCGAAGAGCCUGAUCGCGGGUUCUUAUUCGGGUUGAAGAACCUUACGGAAACCCUCGAGAACAUUUGGAACGAAGAACGUGUUUGUAGGAUCAAAGCUUCGCGAGAUGAUCCGUCUGCUGACACCAACCAGCUUCCUCCUCUAUCUGCUGAUGGCAAAGAGAUCUUUGAUGAAAUCUUCAGCCGCUUGGAUGAUGAAGAUCCCGGCAUGCUCUCCACCUGA